CCGGACGUCGCGCACGCACACCCGGGAAAGGCUUCCGCCGCGGCGUCGAAACGGCCGCGGUUGCAGGCGGGCUCAGGCGCAGCUCGGUUGGGAAGAGGGCCAAGCCAGGCGGUGAGACGGCCCGGGGCCAGCACGCGCGGCCGCUGAGCGCAGCCCCCAGUUCCAACGCCCGCCGUGACCCCCGCAUCCCCGCCGCAAUCCAUCCUCGCCGCAAGGCACAGUCGCGGACGGCUUGGCCCGCGCGUCGACCCCGGAGCGCCCCGACGGACGCAAACUUCUCCUCUCCCCGCGAUGGGUGCUGGCAGUUCCGGGCAGCCGUGGUGGCCGCCGCUGCUGCUACUGCUGCUGCUCCUCGGGCCCGCGGGCGCCCGCGCGCAGGAGGACGAGGACGGCGACUACGAGGAACUGGUGCUCGGCUUCAGGUCGGAGGAGGACAUUCUGGCUGACACAGCCCAGCACGCGGCCACCGCCACCUUCCACCGCUGUGCCAAGGACGCCUGGAGGUUGCCAGGCACCUACAUGGUGGUGCUGAAGGAGGGGACCCACCGCUCGCAGGCAGAGCGCACUGCCCGCCACCUGCAGGCCCAGGCCGCCCGCCGGGGCUACCUCACCAAGAUCCUGCACGUCUUCCAUGACCUCCUCCCCGGCCUCCUCGUGAAGAUGAGCAGCGACCUGCUGGAGCUGGCCCUGAAGUUGCCCCACGUCCAGUACAUCGAGGAGGACUCCUUCGUCUUUGCGCAGAGCAUCCCGUGGAACCUGGAGCGGAUUCUCCCUGCGCGGCGCCAGGUGGAUGAACGCCACACCCCCAGAUUAUUCUUUCCUCUCGAACAAACCACGCCUUGGAAAAACGGAGACGGCCUGGUGGAGGUGUAUCUCUUAGACACCAGCAUCCAAAGUGGCCACCGGGAAAUCGAGGGCAGGGUCACUGUCACUGACUUUGAGAACGUGCCCGAGGAGGAUGGGACACGCUUCCACAGACAGGCGAACAAGUGUGACAGCCACGGCACCCACCUGGCCGGGGUGGUCAGCGGCCGGGAUGCCGGCGUGGCCAAGGGCGCCAGCCUGCGCAGCCUGCGUGUGCUCAAUUGCCAAGGGAAGGGCACAGUGAGCAGCACCCUCACAGGCCUGGAGUUCAUUUGGAAAAGCCAGCGCCAGCCCUCAGGGCGGUUGGUGGUGUUGCUGCCCCUGGUGGGCGGCUACAGCCGGGCCCUCAAUGCCGCUUGCCAGCGCCGCAGGAACGGGGCAGUGCUGGUGGCCGCUGCUGGCAACUUCCGGGACGACGCCUGCCUCUACUCUCCGGCGUCAUCUCCCGAGGUCAUUACCGUUGGGGCCACCAAUGCCCAGGACCAGCCGGUGACCCUAGGGGUCCUGGGGACCAACUUUGGCCGCUGCGUGGACCUCUUUGCCCCAGGUGAUGACAUCAUUGGUGCCUCCAGCGACUGCAGCACUUGCUUCACGUCACAGAGUGGGACGUCACAGGCUGCCGCCCAUGUGGCUGGAAUUGUGACCAUGAUGCUGACGGCUGAGCCGGAGCUCACCCUGGCUGAGCUGAGGCAGAGGCUGAUCCGUUUCUCUGCCAAAGAUGUCAUCAAUGAGGCCUGGUUCCCUGAGGACCAGCGGGGGCUGACCCCCAACCUGGUGGCCACACUGCCCCCCAGCAGCCAUGGAGCAGGUGGGCAGCUGUUCUGCAGGACCGUGUGGUCGGCACACUCGGGGCCCACGAGGACCGCCACGGCCGAGGCCCACUGCGCCGCCCCCGAGGAGCUGCUGGGCUGCUCCAGCUUCUCCGGGAGCGGGAGGCGGCGGGGCGAACGCAUUGAGGUCCGAGGGAGCAGGCGUGUCUGCCUGGCCUACAACGCGUUUGGGGGUGAGGGCGUCUACGCCGUUGCCAGGUGCUGCCUGCUGCCCCGGGCCAACUGUAGCAUCCACAUGGCUCCACCAGCCGGGGCUGGUGUGCAGACCCGUGCCCGCUGUCACCAGCAGAGCCACGUCCUCACAGGUUGCAGCUCCCACUGGGAGGUGGAGGACUCUGGCCCCCGCAGGCGGCCUGUGCCGAGGCCUCAGGGUCAGCCCGACCAGUGUGUGGGCCACGAGAAGGCCAGUGUCCACGCUUCCUGCUGCCAUGCGCCGGGUCUGGAGUGCAAAGUCAGGGAGCACGGGAUCCCAGGCCCUGCAGAGAAGGUCACCGUGGACUGCGAGGAGGGCUGGACACUGACCAGCUGCGGGGCCCGCCCCGGGGCCUCCCACACCCUGGGGGCCUACGCGAUGGACAACACGUGUGUGGUUCGGGGCCAGGAUGUCAGGGCAGGAGGCAGGACCAGCGAGGAGACCGCCACAGCCAUGGCCAUCUGCUGCAGGCGCCGGCCCUCGGGGGAGGAGGCCUCCCAGGAGUCCCAGUGACAGCCCGGCCCAGGGCGCGAGCCUGGGGAAGGGGUCCAGGCCUGGGGGCUGUGGUCCAGGCCUCGGCUGAGCUUCGAAGCAGUUCCUCCCUCCCUCUUCCUCAGUGCUCUUCAGCUUGGGCCCCGGGGACAGGGGAGCGCUGUCCUCCUAAGCUCUGGUGCUGGCCCUCAGGGUGUCCUGGCUCCCGGCCUGGAUCACCCCUCCCCAGGCCUGAGCUGAGUACGAGGCUGAGUGGCCAGGGUUGCAGGUGUCCACCUGCUGCCAUUAAGGCAGGUCAGGCUGUGCUCUGCUUCCUGCCAGCCACUCCUGGGGCCGAUGCUGUGGGCGGAGUUACCUUCUAUUGAGCUCCUGCUUCAGGUCAGGCGGUCAGCGGAUCCCCAGGCAUCCGUGAAGGGGGUGGUCAGCCCUCCAUGGGAAGGCAGGCAGGCACUCGAGGGCUAGAAGGGGCCAAAUAUGGGUUGGGGCAGUGAAAGGUGGAGAUGGCCCCUCAUCUCCUGUCCACCUUGGGGAGGCUCUGUUGGGCUCCCUGGUUAGUGGAGGAUCAAUUUUCCAUGCCUCUGGGGGUGCAGGGGGUACUGACAGGGGGUGACACUUCCCCAGAUGUGGCCAAUGUUUCAAAAUGUCCAAAGGGCUUCUCCAGUUACAUUCUCACAGGUUUCAGAGCAGCCCUGGGGCAAAGGCAGGGCUUUUUUUUUUUUUUUUUUUUUGUCUCUUUAGGGCCAUGCCCAUGGCAUAUGGAGGUUCUCAGGCUCGGGGGUCUGAGAAUCGGAGCUAUAGCUGCCAGGCUACGCUAGAGGCCACAGCAACACAGGAUCUGAGCCGUGUCUGCGAUCUACACCACAGCUCAUGGGAAUGCUGGAUCCUUAACCCACUGAAUGAGGCCAGGGAUCGAACCUGCAUCCUCAUGGUUACUAGUCAGAUUCAUUUCUGCUGAGCCACAAUGGGAACUCCAGGCCUCUUCUACCCAUUGGGUAGAUGAGGAGGUCGAGGCUAGAAGCAUGAGCCCAGGGUCCGCUGCCAAGACUCCUCGGUUGAAGUCCUUGCUUUCUCUAGAGAGAUGGCCGUCAGUUUGGGGAUCACCAGGGGCCCUCCCAGUCCUGCCGUUAGGACUCACCUCCUGAAGACAGCCUUUGUUGAGAACAUUCCUAGCUCUUGUACCCACCCCUUGAGCCACCAGCCGCAGCAUGACAGAUGCAGCCAGACGUGUCCCAGGUGAUCACGGGGCUGUGCCUCUGUUUCUCCCAGUUGCCCUCAACUUGCUCUGGCUCAGGCUUGGCAGUCCCCCCACAUCAGCCUGCAGGGGGACAUCACCCCAGGGCUGGCCCCUUCAGUUUGCAGUGGCGGGCCACCUGGUCCAUCCACCCUCUUACCCAGUCCUCCUCCUGCACAGGACACCCUGUCGCCCCCUACCCUAGGAAGAAACUGGGAACCAGAGAUAGGGUGGGUGCCUGCCAAGCUCACACGGCCGGGAAGCAGAGGGGUACCGGGGUAUAAGCCCAGAUUUGUCUCUAAAGCUAGGCCUCUUUUUACUGCACCAGCUUGGCAUCCCAUCUAUGUAAGUUAACAGAGGCUCAGAAGGGGGCACACAGACCUGGGUAGCACUGUGAGCGAGGACAGAGCACUGGGCAAAAGGCACGGGCCGAUGCGGUGGGACCCCAGCGGACAGGCCUUUGGAGGGAUGGAGGGGGAAGGGGGGCCCAACUCUCCCUCCUCGAGCUCCCCCACCCCACCCCAUCCCCACCCAAGCAAACAAACAAGCAUGCAUUCAUUUCUGGGUCUGGUGUUUGCCAACAGCUGAUGCCUUUUCACAGUUCGAAGCUUUUCUAGACCUGUUUUGCUUUUGUAACUUGAAGAUAUUUAUUCUGGGUUUUGUAGCCUUUUUAUUACAUGGUGACUUUGAAAAAUAAAAACAACUUUGUCCAUGA